AUGGAGGGAAAUGAGGCCCCUCUGCACAUCCCCUCGAAAGACCUCCAUGUCUGUGAACUUUACCUUGCAAAACGGGGUCUCUCAGCUGUGCCUGAUUUGUCCAGAUUCAGCCAGCUGAGAUAUGUUUGGCUUAACAACAACAGGAUAAAGGAUGUCCAUGGCCACAUGUUGAACUGCUGCCUAGCAGAGCUGUACCUCCAGAACAAUGAAAUCACCUCAAUUUCAGGGUCCUUGAGACACCUGACCUGCCUGAGAGUGCUGUUGCUUCACAAUAACAAGCUGAAGGACCUGGAGGAGACGGUGGCUGAGCUGAGGAACACGCAUUGCCUGCAAACUGUCAAUUUUUUCCUGAAUCCCUUUACGCAAGAUCCUGAAUACCGACAAUACGUGAUCCAUCACUUGUCAUCUGUGCAAAUAUUGGACAGAAAAGAAGUGAUGCAGGUGGAGAGGACUCGUGCCUUCCGGCUCUUCAGUCCUGAGAGACAGAGGAUACUGGACACACUGGCUUUUGGCAGACGGGCACUAACGCACCCUGCAGCAAGGAUAAUGACUCAGAACAUUAAACUGAGAGGUGACGUAUUGAAAGAAUAGGGAACAUCUUAUGGAUUUAAAUACACACUAGGACUUCAGACAAACAGAGUCUGUACAUGAAAUAUACUUUGUAUCUCCAAAAUGGCAACUUCAACCGAAAAGAACCAAAUGCUUUUAACUUUGAAUGGAAGUUAUUGGAACAAGAUGGAAAUUGAAGAAUGAACGUUUUCCAAGUAAUUUUUAGCAUUUCUAUUACUGCAUUCAUCAUGAAAUUCUGACACAAUGUAAAGAGCA